CUCGGCCAGGCUUAAUGGCGUCUAGCCCCCUGGGAAUUGUAGUGUUCUGGGUCUGGUUGGCCUGACUCUGAGGGAGGCGGGCUGUCGUGAAAGAACUACGACUCCCAGCAGUCCCCGCCCCGCCGCGGCCGCGCUCAGGCACCCGUGGCUUGUCCAGACUCCCGGCCAGAGGCCGCAGCAGCAACGCCCGGGUGGGCGUGUAGUGCCGGGCGGUGCUGGGUGAAAGUCCAGGGGUCCUUGGCUUGGCCUGCGUGACCUCAGCUCUGCCAAACCUGACGUUUCGGGAGCGAAGAUGGACAGUAGGUGCUACGGCUGCGCAGCCAAGUUCACACUCUUCAAGAAGGAGUGCGGCUGUAAGAACUGUGGCCGGGCCUUCUGUUCUGGCUGCCUCAGCUACAGUGCAGUAGUGCCCCGGGCUGGGAACACCCAGCACAAAGUCUGCAAGCAGUGCCACGAGGUCCUGACCAGAGGGGCCGCUCCUGCCAACACCUCUAAGUGGUCACCACCUCAGAACUAUAAGAAACGCAUGGCAGCUUUGGAAGCCAAGCAGAAGCCCGGCACUCCCCGGAGCCAGGGACUGACCCCACAAGACCAGGUCAUUGCUGAGCGCCUGGCACGGCUCCGCCAGGAGAACAAGCCCAAGUCAGUGCCCUCACAGGCAGAGAUAGAAGCCCGGCUGGCUGCACUGAGGGACGAAGCCCAGGGUUCCAUCCCAUCCACCCAGGAGAUGGAGGCACGGCUUGCCACAUUGCAGGGCAGAGUUCUGCCCUCUCAGGCCCCCCAACCGGUCCAUCAGCCACCAGACACCAGGACCCAGCCCCAGCAGGCACAGGAUCUGCUGACACAGCUGGCAGCCGAGGUGGCUAUUGAUGAGAGCGGGGAACGAAGAGGCCCAGCUGCCUCUAUCCAGAACGACCUCAAUCAGGGUGGCUCCAGGGGGACCCAGAGUGUUCAACCCAAGGAGCAGGCCGCCUGGUCCCUGGAGGAGGAGAAGAGCAGGCUGCUGGCGGAGGCAGCAGUGGAGCUGCGUGAGGAGAACACAAGGCAGGAGCGGAUCCUGGCCCUUGCCAAGCGGCUGGCUGUGCUGCGAGGCCUGGACCCUGAAGGAGUGACCCUCCAGGACUAUCGCCUCCCAGACAGUGAUGACGAUGAGGAUGAGGAGACAGCCAUCCAGAGAGUCCUGCAGCAGCUCACUGAAGAAGCUGCCCUGGAUGAGGCGAGUGGCUUUAACAUCCCUGCAGAGCCAGCUCACCGGCCCCGGGCCCAACCCCACAGGACAGAGCCUGAGGUCCAGGCUGCAACCUCCAGUCCUGAGUCUGAGGCAGAGGAGCUGCCCUGGUGCUGCAUCUGCAAUGAGGACGCCACCCUGCGCUGUGCUGGCUGCGACGGAGAUCUCUACUGUGCCCGCUGCUUCCGGGAGGGCCAUGAUGCCUCUGAGCUUAAAGAACACCAGACAUAUGCAUACUGCCCACCGCAAGCAGGCCGAGAGCACUGAGGAAACCGUGGCCCACCCAGAAAGGCAGUCCUACAGCCUCGGUAUUCCGGGAAGGAGGAAAGAUUCUCCACGCAAGACGAUGAUUGGUGAAACGAGAAGGAUGGCAGUCUCGGGAGCCCUCGAGCAGAGAAGCCUGGGCUGGAAGUGAGAGGCAUGAUGGGGAAAGGACCAGACUGAAUCUAAGGAUGAGCCCUGAAACCUGGCUUACAGGGCCCAGGGCCCAGCCCCGGCACUUAACUGGGUUUAAUAAAGAACAUUGAUUCUUUGUACCCAGCAUUUCUUAUCUCUUGAAGCUUGUGAGCCCUGAGUCUGGGCCCUGUGAAAGGCAGCAAGAGCAGAGUAGGCUACAAACCUAGUCCUGUGGUAUGAGGGGAAAGGUUGAGCUAUUCUGGAAGCUCCUCUAGGAAGGAGCAGUCCCAUCCUGAUUAGGUGGCCUCAUCCUGGUAGACAUGAAUAUUCGUUCCACUGAACUGAAUCUGAAUUAUGCUUCCUGCUCUGGGCAGCCCAGCUUAGCCACCAGGCCCACCAUCUUGGGUUUCUAAGCCCCUCUAGUAUUCAAACAAGGUGUGCAGGAAAUAUGUGUGUCUGAAUGGGGCAGACCCAGCUUGCGGCUUUACUCCCAAAAGACCCCAUCCCUGGGGCACAUGCCCUGAUCUGGCUGCCAUUCAGACCCCGUGUCUGUCUUUCAGCAACUUCCCACCUCCCAACCUCUGGCCUCAGCCUAUACCCUUUACCCUCCUCUUCAUAGCCUCUGCUUCUCUCUUCCUGUCUCUGGCUGGAGCCAGCUCAAGAAAGAGCCUGAGGCCUCCUGCAUCAUUUGGGGGUAGAGGAAAGCUUGGCCUUCACUGAUGCCCUCAAGCCCAUGUAGGCUUUUCCUGUUACCUCUCCUCUGGAAUUCAAAACUAGCCUUUGCCAUUUGUGUCCUUCCUGUUGGUGAUGCCAGAAUGCUGAGUGUCUUAACCAGGCGUGUUUUGCUUGGCCUUUGGACCUUGCUAGCUCUCUGAAGCAGGGUUAUGACCUUUAUCUUUGAAUUCUCAAGGCCUGUUUGGAUGAAUGAAUUGAUGAAUAAAUGAGAUAAGUGGGUAGAACCUAGUCCCAGUGACUCAGGAUGUUGGCCUUCCAGUAUAUCACUUCACCCUCCCCUUCCCCCGCCCCUCAGCACAGAUGUGGUCCACACUCCAUUCAACUGAGCUCCUAAAGGUUUUAUCCACUUGGCUGCUGCCAAGGAAAUCCCUGGGCAACAGCAUGUCUGGCUCCCAGAAAGCCCAGUGGACAGGAACUAGCUGUGACUGCACAUCUACUAGGAGUGUCCAAAUGUCCCUCCUUGUCU